AUGGGGAGCGCGCUGCAGAACGUGCUGCGGCCGGGCAGCCGCGAGUUCGUGGUCGUGCUGAACGUGGUGCUGGCGCUGCUGUUCUUCGUGAUGCUGGCGGUCGUGUACACGGAGCUGGAGGACUCGUACCACGUGUUCGUGCUGCUGUUCCUCGUCGUGGGGCUCGCGGGCUCCAUCAACUGGUUCAUCAUCGAGGCCAACAACCUCAAGCACACGCAGGUCGGCGACGGCAACGGCAACGGCAACGGCAACGGCAACAGCAAGCAACAGGCCGACUCCAAUACAAGACCCAAGACGGACUAA